GACAUUCUUCUUUCAGUAGUCGCACUCAUCGCUGGUUACUACCCAGCUUUAACAAUCUUUAGCACUUGCUCACCACUACCAAUUCUCGCGAUUUUCUUUCCUCUAAACUGCUCCGUCGGCGCCGAGAAGAACAUUUCUACUCUAUUGUGUUCCACGCGCCGUUAGUUUCGACAACCUCCCUCGUCCUCUUUCUUCCAUUUUCUCCUCGGUCACCUCAGAUCGGUGACCCGGCUCCCUCAAUGGCACCACCCUCGCCGCGACGGUCAUCAAGAGCCCGCGCCACCAAUUCACAAUCACAACAAUCAUCUGUAUCCUCAAGCACGUCUGGUCGAGUUGAGCGGAAUACGAGAUCAGUCGCCAAACCCUCUUCCAACAAGUCCACCCCCAGUGCCUCUUUGUCCUCGGAGCCAUUUGAAGAUCUUGACGAUACCCUCCUCGGUCGAAGGCGAAAGCGCAACCACGAAGACGAGAACGAGAAGACUUCUAAACCCGAUACUUUUGAAAUGGCGAAUGGCAGCGAUGACCUCCAAGAAGAGGAGGACGAAGCCGUUCGUUGUAUCUGUGAUGCAGAAGAAUACCCGGGUCGCCCACCCGUGGAAGGUGCCGACCUGGAUUUCUUCAAUGCCAUAGAAUUUACUGAAGACGUUACCGGCUUCUUCGUUCAAUGCGACAUUUGUAAAGUCUGGCAGCAUGGCGCCUGUGUCGGCAUUUUUAGCGCUGAGAGCUCGCCCGAGGAAUAUUUUUGCGAGCAAUGCCGCAAAGAUCUCCAUAAGAUAUAUACUGCAAGCAACGGCCAAAAAUGGUCCAAAUAUGUUCCCCAUAACCGGCCGUCGCGCGCAACCUCUCGAGCCACCUCAAUUGCUAAAGAAGGCAAUCGUUCGCCCAAAAUUGGCACGAGCAAGAACUCGCGUCCAACUUCCGCUUCACAAACCUCGAAACGUCGAUCCACAAUGAAUAGCCGCGACCGAGCUUAUGAAGACGAACAACUUCUGCGCGCCAUUGAAGCGAGCAAAGAAGAUGUCCCUCAAGAUGGACAAGAAAUCAUGACCCGACGAGCGAAACGGGGACGAAGCGAUAGUGAGGAGUCAAUCGCCGUCAGUGCUCGGCCACGGGAUGAAAAACUGGCAUCACUAAGGAACCCAAUAAGUGUAAAGCGACAGAGAACCAGUUCGAUGUCGCCUUCACCUCCCACCGAACCGGUCGAGGUUCAAAGUUAUAAUGAAUCAGAUGAGGAGGUUAACACUCGCAAUGGAGCCAAGAAAGCUCGUAACAACAAGAAUCAGCGAACCAAGACCGAGAAAGAAGACAAAGAGCGCCAGCGACAGGAAGCCGCAGAUAAAAGGAAAGGCCGUGCAGAAAGGCGACGAGGAGAGGAUUCUGACCCUUCAGAGGAAACACCUCCCGCCAUUGCUAAACCUCCAGCCACCAAAAGCAUCGAGACACCAGUCAUCAUGGAAACUCCUGCACCUGCGCCACCCGUUCCCGAUACACCUCCCGCGAGCAAUCAGCCCGUCUCAAGCACCGCCAAGCGCGGUGGCAGAGCCACGCAUAAGAAGGGCAAAGGCAGGAACCAGUACACCAGGGAUCGCGAUGCGGAUGGCGAAUCCCCGGCACGAUCUAUGUCACGGGACAUUCAAAAGAACGGCGAAGAACCCACCCCUACACACACGAAACCCACGAGUGAACAUCGACAUGGCAAAUCAAAGCCAGCUUUGCACCACAAGUUGAAUAUGGUGGAUAUGAAGCGACGUGUUGGUGCCAUCAUGGAUUUUAUUUCAAGGACCCAAGUGGACCUUGCAGCAGAAGCAAUCCCAGGCACGAACGGAAACGUAAGCAACGGAGGAGCAUCGCCGCCAAAGUCCUCAGAUUCCCAUUCUGUAGGGAAUGAGGAUACAGCAGGCUCUUCUGGGACCAAAGAUUUCAAGGAUCUGAACUGUAUAGAGAUGAUGGAUGUUCUGACGCGAGAUAUGGUCAAGUGGCAGAAUCAGUAUACCUGACGGCAGCAUUUUGUUUGAACAGGUCCAUCGUGAUGAGACAAAAGGGGCCUGCGUUCGAUUCUUAUUUAAGGCGUUUACGGUUAGGUGCAUUCAGGGGCGUCACCAGCAUCCGCAGGAGAUGCAGCGGGCAAAGUUGUUUGAACUUGUCUAUGUUCUGUGGUCGAUGUUAUUAUUUCACCGGAACCACUUCACGAGGCGAAGAUCCUC